AUGCUCUCCUCACGCUGCAGUUCAAGGAAUCAAACAAUCAUUCCAAGUCUUCUGAAUCAACACGAUGCGGUGCUUUCGGGAAAUAAAUAUGUCAUUGACCUUAGCACAGCUGAGAACUGGUCUGUGAAAGACAUGGUCCUAGGAAUGAUGCAUGAGGCCAAAGGUUGCUAUUCUGCAGAUGACUUAGCGUACACUUCCGGUAUCGGCGGCUGUUUAAGCACAAGAAGGCUCCUUGCAGAGCUACUUAAUAAGCAUUUUCACCCAGCGACACAAGUUGAAGCUUCUCAAAUUAUCCUUGCCGCCGGUGGAAGCUUUGCUUUGACGGCUCUUGUUGAACAAGUUUGCAAUCCCGGAGAUGGUAUCCUGGUUGCAGCACCUUAUUGGGCUGGCCUUGAUAUAUCGAUUAGCAUCCACGGCCAUGCAAAUGUUAUUCCAGUCCAUGUGCCUCUUUCGGGGUUUUUCGGUCCAGAGAGCGUUCAAUACUAUGAGUCUGCAUUUGAGAAUGCCUCUAUCCCCAUCAAAGCCAUUCUCGUCUGCAAUCCUCAUAACCCCUUAGGUCAAUGCUAUCCACGAGAAACAUUGCAGUCUCUAUUGGAUUUCUGCCAGCGCCACGAUCUACAUUAUAUUUCAGAUGAAGUAUAUGCGCUUUCCGCUCACCAACCUCCACCCGCUGGAUUCUCACCCUUCGUGUCCAUCUUUCAAUUCGAUGAGAGCCAAAUGAGUGAGAGGGCCCAUGUUAUAUAUAGCCUUAGCAAGGAUUUUGGAUGCAACGGUAUCCGAUUGGGAGCACUUAUAUCACAAUCCAGCCAAGCCGUUCGCCUGAGCGCAGCCUUGAGUCUCCACAGUCAGGUCUCGUCUUUGUCAACAGCUUUUGCUUCUGAAACUGUCCUGAAGGAAAACAGCAUCCGGCGGAUAUGUGAACACGGAGGGAAACGGCUUAGAAUGGCUUAUGAAGUCAUCACUUUGUUUCUGAAGACACAUGAAAUCGAAUUUAUGCCCGCAGCCUAUGGCAUGUUUGUUUUUGCAAGAUUGUAUCCAGUGAAAACCGUUCAAGAGGAGCAGGAGCUUCUAGGUAAUAUGAAGUCAAUGGGGGUAUCGGUUUCAACAGGGACAAGUUACCACUUUCAAGAGCCGGGAUGGUUUCGCAUUUGCUAUGGCGUCCCACUUGAUCAGCUAGAGGAGGCUCUUAGAAGGAUUUACCUUGGUAUUCGCAGCUGGCACCAAUUCGGCGCCACAUGCGUUGAAAUGAUCCGCGAGGGUUAUCGUAAUGUCAUCUUUGAAGACCCCUCGUCGGAAGCCGUUAUACAACGUCGACAUAAACAAUGGGUCGAAAGCCAUGGCCUCUACGUGGCUAGUGGCAUUCCUCGCCUGGGUUACGCACUUUUGUUAGAUGAUCGCUGUAUACGAUCAAUCUUGGCUAGCGCGGCGCCUAGAAAGCCAUCUGUCAUCGAAUAUGGGCUAGGCUUCAACCCCGAAGACCCAGAAAAUGACUCUGGAAAGUACUACCGUGGAUUGAUCCGUGUUCAUUUGGAUUGUUUAGCCCAAUUUGCUCUCUGUUGCGAGAAUCUUGAGACUGGAGAGCAGGAAUGGGGUGAUUAUGGGAUGGACAUACCUGACAAUGUAUUUUAUACAGAUGGCCAUUCCUCAAACACUGAGUCGAAAGAAAUGUUUCUUUCUUCCCCAGAUAGGAACGUUGAGAGAACUUCGAGUGUGAUUGAGCUCGAGUAUAUCGAGCGCCAAAAUAUGGAGAACUUAGCAUUGAGCAAUGUGCCGGGUUCUACCUAG